GUUGGUGGUACUGUGAGCCGAUCUGUCGUGAAUCGAGAGGUCGAGUGGGACGGGUAUGUCAGUGUUGGACCGAAAGGAGGGUCGAUUUGAUGUCUGAAGUUCAUAGGUAGCCACGUAUUGUCGGUGGAGUUUUGUUUGUGUGUUGGUGACUUAAUAGUACAGCGUUCAUACUAACAUCAUGGUGAUCAAGAAGAUCUGUUGUAUUGGGGCAGGUUAUGUUGGUGGUCCAACCUGCAGUGUAAUGGCUCUGAAAUGUCCUCACAUAACUGUCACUGUUGUGGACAAGAGUAAGGAUCGUAUUGCACAGUGGAACUCUGAUAAGCUGCCAAUAUAUGAGCCUGGUCUGGAUGAAGUAGUUGCAGAGUGUCGAGGCCGCAAUCUGUUCUUUUCUACUGACAUCGAGACAGCAAUAAAAGAAGCAGACCUAAUCUUUAUAUCUGUGAACACGCCCACCAAAACCUUUGGAAAUGGAAAGGGUCGUGCAGCAGACUUGAAGUAUGUGGAAGGUGCUGCGCGGAUGAUAGCUGAGAUGGCAUCUGGUGACAAGAUUGUGGUAGAGAAAAGUACAGUACCAGUACGUGCUGCAGAAAGCAUAUUGAACAUUCUGCGUGCCAACAAUAAGCCUGGUGUUAGUUACCAGAUUCUGUCAAACCCUGAGUUCCUUGCAGAAGGGACAGCAAUAGAUGACCUUCUGAAGGCAGACAGAGUGUUGAUUGGUGGAGAAGACACACCGGAAGGACACGCUGCUGUAGAAAAGCUUUGUUGGGUUUAUGAACACUGGAUCUCUCGUUGCAAUAUAAUUACUACUAACACCUGGUCUUCAGAAUUGUCAAAAUUAGCAGCAAAUGCAUUUCUGGCUCAGAGAAUAUCAAGUAUUAAUUCAUUAUCAGCUGUAUGUGAAGCAACUGGUGCAGAUAUCUCGGAGGUAGCUCGAGCAGUUGGUUUAGACUCUAGAAUAGGAUCAAAAUUCCUGCAGGCAUCUGUUGGUUUUGGAGGCAGUUGUUUCCAGAAAGAUAUAUUGAACUUGGUGUACAUCUGUGAAUGUUUGAAUCUACCAGAAGUUGCAGCGUAUUGGCAGCAGGUGAUAGACAUGAACGAAUAUCAGAAGUCACGCUUCUCAGCAAAGGUGAUUGAGUCAUUAUUCAACACAGUGUCUGAUAAGCAGAUAACAAUCCUUGGAUUUGCUUUCAAAAAGGAUACUGGUGACACCCGAGAAUCACCGGCCAUUCAUGUGGCCACAACACUACUUGACGAAGGAGCUAAACUUCAUAUUUAUGAUCCAAAGGUAGAACCAAGCCAAAUUAUUGAUGACUUGACUCAUCUCAGUGUCACAGAGGAGCCAGAGAAUGUUAAGAAUUCUGUCACAAUCCACAGCGACCCCUAUGCUGCAACUAUGGGGACUCAUGCUAUUAUUUUAUGUACCGAAUGGGAUGAGUUUGUGAUGUUGGACUAUGAACGUAUUUACAAAGGAAUGAUGAAGCCUGCACACAUCUUUGAUGGAAGAAAGAUUUUGGAUCAUGAUAGAUUAAUCAAGAUUGGUUUCCAAGUCCAGACUAUUGGGAAACGAUUAGCAAGACCUCUCCUAACAAGGAUGUGGGGAAGUCCUCACCAGGCAUAAACGCAACUAUAUCGAGUGCAUUUAUAAACGUAAUCAUAUUAUUCCAACUUGUCAAGUGCUUUGAGGGUUGAGGUAUUUACCCUUUGCAUGCAGAUAUCAGGGAAUCAAACCAGAGUGGAACCACUGACGAUCAUUUUUCAUUUGAAAACAUAGCUAUAUGCUGGUAUAUGGACAGACCAGCAAGUUAACAUCUUAGCAUCUGUGCUGUGUGUAUAUGCAUCUGUUUGUUGUCCAGGAAUGUGUCUCUUCAUUCUUCAGUGGACAUAUGUAUUUUAUUAGUACAGUCUUAAAUUUUGGCACUUAUCUACAUUUGUGCUGUUUGUCUGUCCCACAUCCCAGUCCUGUCUCUGUUGUGUCAAUGUGAACCUACACUUUCUGAUUUUGGGAGGGAAAGGAAUUAGUGCAUCAGCAAAUCCAUGUUUGUAACAUGCCAGAGUGGAUAAAUGUCCAUAUGUAAAUGAUAUUUUGUGUAGUCAUUUUGUUCUGUAGUUGUCAUUUCUGUAGAAUGUUCACGUUGCUGCCGAUUGAUCACUGAUCGAUAGCUUUUAUAAUGAUUUUAAUGUGUGUAAUAUUUUAUGAAAAUUCAAUUUUGUUUCAUGAUGUAAGUACAAUAUUCCAGUCGACUUAUUUCCUUCAUAUGGGUUUGUGCAUGCAACUACUUUGAAGUUUGGUUCUAUAGUUUUUUUAUUGAUAUGUUCUUAAAAAAAACCAAGUUUGUCUUGUGAUCCCAGAAAACAUUAAUAUCUGAUAAUACAUUGCCAGUUUUUAAUAUAAUAAAUAUCAAAUAUUUUGUUUAAAAAUAUAGUUUUAUACACAAUCAUCAUUCCAUAUAAAAACUGCAUCAGAAUUUUAUGAGAAUGUGAAAACCUUAACAUAAACAUUUUGUAUCAUAUGUUCUUAAUGGAAUGGUUAUGACAAUCGGAUAUUUAUUUUCGAAUGGCAAUGUCUAGGCUACGUUUGGGGCCACUGACCACUUAUCUGAUGCUUAGGUUAAGAGUGUGUGAAUAUUAAAUUCUGUGUUUUAAUUAGCACAUAUUCUUUAUUCUUGUUUUGUAAAAAUUGCCAUAAUUUCUUGUACUACUGAAAUGUACAUUUACGUUUCAUUGACAGAAUCAGAAUUUACUGGUCCAGUCCAAUGUAAGUGUCUUUAGAUAAUAUUUUGUUAAUUCCUGGUUUAUGGUUUUGUGGUUCUCAAGUUUCUAUCAUUUACUGUGAAUGUGAGCUUCUUGGUACAAGGUUUGGUGUAGGUACUGUCUUUAUCUUAUUAUUUGGUGUAGGAUAUUUUUAUAGUAGGGUCAAUCAGGAAUCUUGAAUUGAAUUUGAGCUCUGGUAUGAUUUCCUGUUUAAAGAAAUGUAUGUCUGAUUGUUAUUGUUAUAUGUGUAUUCCAGUACUUCAGAUUUUGCUCUUUAUAAGUUCUUUCUAUAUUAUUAGAUAUUUGAUUACACCAGUUGGCUAAAUUACUUCGAUAAAAAUUUUUGAUAUUGCAA